AUGCCUCCCAAGAAGGCUCAAGUUCAAGAAAAGGUCCUUCUGGGCCGUCCCGGCAACAACUUGAAGAGCGGUAUCGUUGGUCUUGCCAACGUCGGCAAAUCUACUCUCUUCCAGUCCAUCACCAAGUCCUCUCUGGGUAACCCGGCCAACUUCCCCUAUGCCACCAUUGACCCCGAAGAGGCCCGUGUCAUCGUUCCCGAUGAGCGGUACGACUGGCUCGUCGACCACUACAAGCCCAAGUCGCAGGUCCCCGCCAACUUGACGGUGUAUGAUAUCGCCGGUCUGACCCGUGGUGCCUCGACUGGUGCUGGUCUGGGUAACUCUUUCUUGUCCCACAUCCGUGCUGUCGAUGCCAUCUUCCAGGUCGUUCGCUGCUUCGACGAUGCUGAGAUUAUCCACGUUGAGGGUGACGUUGACCCCGUUCGUGAUUUGACCAUCAUCAGCGAGGAGCUCCGCAUCAAAGAUAUCGAGUUCGUCGAGAAGGCUCUUGAGGCUCUUUCCAAGCAGACACGCCGUGGUGGCCAGUCUCUUGAGAUGAAGAAGCUGAAGGAGGAGGAGGCUACUACUGGCAGAGUCCUUGAGUGGCUGAAGGAGGGCAAGAACAUUCGUGAUGGUGACUGGUCUCCCAAGGAGGUCGAGGUCAUUAACCCCUUGUUCCUUCUCACUGCCAAGCCCGUUGUGUACCUUGUCAACUUGAGCGAGAAGGACUACAUCCGUCAGAAGAACAAGUACCUUCCCUCUUUGUUCGAGUGGAUCAAGACCAACUCUCCCAACUGCCCCAUUCUGCCCAUCUCUGCCUGCUUCGAGGAGCGUCUUACCCUGAUGAAGGAUGAUGCCGCCGCCGAGGAGGAGUGCAAGAGGCUCGGCACUAAGUCUGGCCUGCCCAAGGUUGUUACUACCAUGCGUCAGGCUCUGAACUUGGCCAGCUUCUUCACCACUGGUACCGAUGAGGUCCGCCAGUGGACUAUCCGCAAGGGCACCAAGGCCCCUGCCGCCGCCGGUGUCAUUCACACUGACUUUGAGAAGACCUUCAUCCAGGCUAUCGUGUACAACUUUGCUCUCCUUAAGGAGCUUGGUGAUGAAGGUGCUGUCAAGGCUGCCGGUAAGGUUAUGACCAAGGGCAAGGACUAUGUUGUUGAGGACGGUGAUAUUCUCCUCAUCAAGGCUGGUGCUGCCAAGGGCUAA